GAGACGAUAAUUUAAGUAAAUAAUAUUUACUUUGGGCCAUUUUUUUUCUAAUGUAAAGUAUCUGGCGUGGCUCAAAAACAAAGUUUCCUGCAACUUCACCGCUUGGUGGCAGCAUACAUCUGCGUGAGCUACCAAGUCAAUAUAACCAGAACAAAACCAAAGCGGUACAUGUCAGAUAGUUUUCUUCCCUUUGGUGUUUGUCUUUUUCAACUCGAUCGAAAUCAUAUCGUUGACGUCUGUAUGCGAUUUUUAACCCACGUCAGUGACGUGAGCAAGUAACUUGCUCUCUAGUGGUCACAAAAACCUGCCUUUAGUCCUGGUGCCGCCGUAGUGACCUGAGAGCAGUCUUUGAAGAGACUCAUCAACAGCCUGGAGCUGAUCAUCUCCUCCUGACGCGCAGCUGCUGCAGGAGCCGAAAGAAGAUCGAGUGAGAUCUCGUCUGGAGGAUCACAGCAGACCGUGGAGGCAGAGGCAGAGGCAGGAGAGGAAGAGCUGUACAUGUCAAACAGAUCUUUACGGUGCGCUGGAGUGGGAGGACGCUUACUGUUUGUAAUGCUGAAAUAUGAGAGAAGGGAACCGGGGCGGGUGAGAGCACAUGGGAGAGGACUGUCCGUGCGCUCUGCGCUCUGAAAGGAGGAGAAGAAAGAAACCGUCUGCUUUGAACUGGGUUUUGCGAAGCGGGAUGAUUACGAAAAGUUGAUCCGCAGUUCCGGACGAAGCCCUGUGAUCUCACGCCAUUCAAUGGAUACAUAAGCAGCAGAGGGCUGCGGACGCACACUCUUGCCAUUUCAUUUAACUGUUCAGUCGAGGUGAAAAGUUCCAGCUGCCUGGAGAGGAGAGGAGAGAAGAGGAGAGGAGAGGAGAGAGAGACGAUAUUCGCAGCCGUAUCUCAGUGACUGAGGCCAAAAUGUUGCGUUGGUCUUUGACAGCCUUGAGCCUUUCUUGGACUUUGUUCAUCUGCGACGUGAGCAGAAGUUCUGCGGAGGAAAGACAGGGUUACUUGGUGGCUGCACCCUCGGUGUUUCGAGCAGGCGUGGAGGAGAGCGUGAGUGUGACCAUCUUCAAUGCAAAAGCAGAAACCCGUGUCCAGGUGCAGCUGUCUGUGAAGGGACAGGCAGUGGCCCACAGCCACGGCUCAGUGCUGGACAAAGGCACCGUCAAACUGAAGGUUCCCUAUGGGUUAAGAGGCCAAGCACAUCUGAAGGUGUGGGGGAACCGUCACCUGACUGAAGGAGGAUACAUCUUCCACAACUACACCACCGUCACAGUGGAAAGCAAGGGCACAGCCGUCUUCAUCCAGACCGACAAGCCUGUCUACAAACCCAAAAACAAAGUGUUGAUGAAUGUCUACACAGUCACUCCUGACCUGAGGCCAGUCAACGACAAGAUUGAAGUGUACAUUUUGGAUCCCAGAGGCUCCAGAAUGGUCCAGUGGAAGAGUCUCAAACCUGUCUGCUGUGGCGUUGUAAACACCAGUUUCCCUCUGUCUGACCAGCCUGUGUUUGGAGAAUGGCUCAUCUUUGUAGACGUUCAGGGUCACACCUACAACAAGUCAUUUGAAGUCCAAAAAUAUGUUAUCCCCAAGUUUGAGCUGGUGAUAGAUUCUCCUCGCUACAUCCGGGACCUGAACUCAUGUGAGCAGGCCAGUGUCAGCGCCAGGUACACCUUUGGAAAACCUGUGACGGGGAAGUUAACGGUGAACAUGACGGUGAACGGAGUGGGCUAUUACCGCCAUGAGAUGGGACAACCUGUGAUCAAAAACAUGGAGAUCAAAGGCUCUGCAAAUUUCAGCCUGUGUGUCAAAGACAUGAUGCCCUUGGACGUAGCAGACCACUUCAGGGGCGCAGUUAGCAUUUGGGCCUCGGUCACCAGCAUAGAUGGAAGCAGGCAAACCACGUACGACGAUUCAACACCAAUCCAUAAACAGCUCAUCGACAUCAAGUACUCCAAAGACACGCGCAAGCAGUUCAAGCCUGGUCUGCCUUACAAAGGGAAGAUCGAGAUCACCUACCCUGACGGCAGUCCAGCUGAUGGCGUAAGAGUCCGUGUCAAAGCAGAGCUCACGGCAAAAGACAACAUCUAUACCAGUGAACUUGUUUCAAAGGACGGUCAGGCCUCCUUUGAAAUCCCCUCCAUCCCCACUGCUGCCCAGUACGUCUGGUUGGAGACUAAAGUGAUUUCUAUCAAUGGAAAAACAGUGGGAGACCAGUACCUGCCCAGCUACUUGUCAAUCAGUAGCUGGUACUCUCCCAGCAGGUGUCACAUCCAGAUUCAAAGUCCCAGCACUACACUUAAGGUUGGCCAAGAGGCAGAAGUGGCUCUUAAAUCCACCUGCCCCUGUAAUUUCACCCUGCACUAUGAAGUGGCGUCCAGAGGAAACAUCAUUCUGUCAGGCCAAAAGCCAGCUAACCUCACAUCCUCACACCGAGGAAAAAGAGCCGCAGUCACUUUUGACAAAAACAUUCACACGACCGACCUGCCGCCCUCCGACGGCAGUUCUCCAGACUCCUCCUCCUCCUCCUCCUCCUCCCAGGCUGAGGUGGAUACUUGUGUGACAUAUCUGCGGUUCCCCGUCAGUCCCAGCAUGGCACCGCUUAGUCGUCUGCUCGUCUACUAUGUCAGAGAAAAUGGCGAGGGAAUCACCGACAGCCUCAAAAUCCCAGUUCAGCCCGACUUUGAGAACAAGGUGUCUGUUUCUCUGUCAACCAAUGACUCAAUGCCCGGCGACCCAGUGACCCUGAGUGUCCGUGGGGAGCCCGGCUCCUGUGUUUGCGUGGCCACUGUGGAUAAGAGUCUGUAUCUGCUGAAGCCUGACUUCCAGCUCAGCCUUGACAAGGUCUUUAAGGAGCUGUCAGAUUUUGAUGUGUCCGACGCCUUUGGCGUACCCAAAGAUGACGGACACUUCUGGUGGCCAGGGCUGUCGUCAAGGAGACGCAGACGCUCCUCUGUGUUCCCCUGGCACUGGGACAUCACCAAAGACGCCCGCUUUGCUUUCACGGAAACAGGUCUGGUGGUGAUGACAGAUAUGGUGAGUUUAAACCAUCGGCAGAGCGGAGGAAUGUACACUGAUGAGGCAGUUCCUGCGUUUCAGCCACACACCUCAACAUUAGUGACUGCUACACACUCACGCCCGACACUGAGAGCAGAGAAGCGGAGGCGCACAUUUUUCCCAGAGACUUGGGUGUGGCACUGCCUCAACAUCAGCUCUGAAUCUGGAGAAGCCGAGCUGCGAUUGGACGUGCCAGAUUCAAUUACCACAUGGGUAACGGAAGCCAUCAGUCUGUCUGGGAGUAAAGGGCUCGGCCUGGCCGACAGAGCAGAGCUGCGGACCUUCAAACCCUUCUUUGUGGACUUCACGCUGCCGUACAGUUUAAUCAGAGGAGAACAGACCAAGGUUCCUCUGACGGUCUACAACUACCUGCCAACGUGUGCUGAGGUUCAUGUUAAAGUAUCGGUACCGAAGGGCAUCAAAUUUGUCGGCCACCCCGGACGACACCAUGUCACCAGGAAGAAGUGUGUUGCCCCUGGAGAGGCCACGCCCACGUCAAUCGUGCUGUCCUUCACUGAGCUGGGCUCUGCUAACAUCACAGCUCGGGCCAUUGCUUACAGUGAACCGAGCUGCUGUUCAGAUGGACUACAGUCUGGAAAAACAGCCAACGAUGUGGAGGAAAGGACACCGAUUGGUCUGGACUAUGUUCGAAGGACAGUUCUGGUAGAGCCAGAGGGUCUGCUGAGGGAAUACACCUACAGUGUCUUCUUUUGCCCCAAUGAGAGGAUCCACAUAUCUACUCCAAACAAGUAUGAGUAUCAGUAUGUGAAAAAGCCGGCCAGGAUGAACCAGUUCCAGGUGGCGGUGAAGACACACAACGACGCCCAUUUCGCUCUGUCCGCCAGCCCUCAUGACAGUGCGGAGAUGUUAGAAAUCGUGCUCGGAGGAAGGCAAAACACCCGCUCCUGGAUCUCCAUGGGGAAGAUGGGUGAGCCCCUGGUCAGCGCCUCUACACCGGGAAUACUCUCCUGGGACGAGUUCCGCAGCUUCUGGAUCAGUUGGAAGGGAGGCGUGGUCCAGGUGGGACACGGUCUACAUCCGUCUAAUGAGUCAGUGAUUCUCCAGUGGCCAGGACAGUUCCAUGGACAGGUGCGACACAUAGGCUUCUCAACAGGCUGGGGCUCAGUAGGAGAAUUUAAGAUCUGGAAGAAGGAGGACUCAGACGAGAACCACAAUGAAGCCUUUACACUUGGCGUCCCCCACAACAUGGUGCCUGGAUCUGAGAGGGCCACUGCAUAUAUGAUCGGGGAUGUGAUGGGGCCAACUCUAAACAACUUGGACAAACUCUUGAGGCUUCCAUUUGGAUGUGGAGAGCAGAACAUGAUCCACUUUGCUCCAAAUGUUUUUGUCCUCAAGUACCUACAGAAGACGCGGCAGCUGAGCGCUGAGGUGGAGAAUGAAGCCACCGACUAUCUUCUGCAAGGCUACCAGAGACAGCUGACCUACAAACGGCAGGAUGGAUCCUACAGUGCCUUUGGAGAACGGGAUUCCUCUGGCAGUAUGUGGUUGACAGCGUUUGUCUUGAAGUCCUUUGCUCAGUCUCGAGGUUUUAUCUUCAUCGAUCCUGAGGAGCUUCGAGAGGCCAAGUCCUGGCUCAUCAAACAUCAACGGAGUGACGGCUCUUUACCUGCGAUGGGACGCAUCCUGAACAAAGACCUGCAGGGAGGAAUCCAUGGGAAAAUCUCACUCACUGCUUAUGUAGUAGCAGCUCUCCUGGAGACAGGGAUAAAUACUGAGGAAGAGAAGGUGGCAGUAGCUAAAGCCAAGAAUUUCCUGGAGUUGAACACAUACUCUGCAGAUGACCCUUAUACAACAGCCCUGUCUGCAUACACACUGGCCCUGCUCCGCAGCCCUUAUGCCCCACUGGCCUUACGUCGUCUUAACCACAUGGCCAUCACUCAAGAUGGACUCACUCACUGGAGCCUGACAGGCAGCACUAUGACGGACGAGGACACCUUCAUGGGCUUCAGUGAUGGCCUUUCUCAGUCAGUGGUGUCAGCAGAGGUGGAGAUGACAGCCUAUGGUCUUUUGACGUACACCCUGCUGGGAGAUGUGGCGUCUGCCUUGCCUGUGGUCAAAUGGCUGUCCCAGCAGAGGAACGCUCUGGGCGGCUUCUCCUCCACGCAGGACACUUGCGUGGCUCUACAGGCACUGUCAGAGUACGCCAUCUUGUCUUAUGUGGGAGGGGUCAAUCUCACCAUCUCGCUGGCUUCCACCAACCUUGACUUUCAGGAAACCCUCGAACUCAACAGAGACAACAAAAAACUCCUACAGCGUGCCAAGAUCCCCAGUAUCCCCACAGGCCUUUUCGUCAGUGCCAAAGGAGAAGGUUGUUGUCUGAUGCAGAUUGACGUCUCCUACAAUGUCCCCGACCCAGUGUCCAAACCGGCCUUCCAGCUCAAAGUGGAUCUGAAAGAGCCCAUUCAUGAACGACACCUGCAGCCUCCCUCAGUCUCCUCGACUUCCCGUCAUUCUCCCCUGCGUUCCCGCAGCCGUGUGGACAAUCGCUCUGAGCUCAACCGGAAGCGUCGCACCCCAAUCGAUGACGAUGACCCGGCUGCCCACCAGGACAAAAUGGACUUUCACAUCUCUCUAGAAGUUUGUGCUAGGUGGCUGCACUCGGGAUCGUCCAACAUGGCCGUCAUAGAGGUUCCAAUGAUUUCUGGAUUUAGAGCUGAUGUGGAAAGUCUGGAAAGGCUGCUGAUGGAUAAGAAAGUGGGGCUGAAGAGAUACGAGCUGAAUGGGAGAAAAGUGCUGUUCUACUUUGAUGAGAUUCCCAGCCAAUGUGUGACAUGUGUGGCCUUUCAAGCUGUCAGGGAGUACAUCGUGGGCAAGACAGCGCCUGUUCCGGUCAAGAUCUAUGACUACUACGAACCAGCCUUUGAGGCCACCCGCUUCUACAACGUUAGCGAGAGCAGUCCACUAGCGCGGGAGCUUUGUGAUGGACCUACCUGCAAUGAGGUGGAAAGUUCAACCAAUCACUGGAUCGGUUUCGUGCAGGGGAAUCAGUGCAACAGCGUGUUGGGCUGCCUGGAGGAGGAGCAGUAUGAACGAUGCACCUGCUACAGGGAUUGUGGUUAUGAUGGUGAACCAGUGUGUGGGUCAGAUGGGCAGCUUUAUCAGAACCAGUGUCAGAUGGAGGUUUUUGCCUGUCGAAACGGAACCAGUAUCAAGCAGGUCCCAAUGUCCCAGUGUCCACAUGUGGAGACCGUGAUAGAGGACAGGCAACCAACAGUAGAGCACGAAACUGAGCAACCUUCAGUGCCUGCAAUCCCAGGUGAAGAGGACCUCAGCUCCAUGGCAGAGGUUUCCUACUACUCCUACGAAUACGACCCAGAUUCCGAUCCAUUCCUGGCUGAUGCAGAUGGCGUGCACCAGUCUGCUCACCCUGAAAUCCAGCAAAGUGUAGAGCAGACGGUGCCGCUACCAGCCGACAAACAGCUGCCCACACUGGACACAAAAAACACUCCUGAACGAUGAACCCCUCACAGAGUGAAGCCAUAACCGCCUUUAACUUGUACAUUAUUUGUGAAUAUGAAAGUGAAUGAGAAGAAGAGAAGCUCUGGCUGAGAGGAGGAGGGGGCGGAGUCUGAAGAGUGUGAUUAUGUAUAUGGAGUGUGUGUUCUUUGCUGUCUCCAUGUUCUGAAUGCUUGAGCGGACGUUUGUAUGUUUGUGUGUUAUGUUUUCCUCUUCCUGCUCUUGGUCACCAUUAGGCACAAUAGCAUCUUUUUUUUUUUACUCACUGUUAUUGCCUUUAUAAUCACUAAAAAUAACCAAGUAUUUAUGUUUGUAAUUACACCUGACAUUAAGCGAUAUAUUUUGUUAUUUUGUCUCUCUGUGGUAUUUAUUUGUAGCAAAAAGUCAUAAUAUUUUUAUUUUAAUUGUUGUCAUUCUGCCCUCCUCUGUCUUUUCCCCUUCUCAAACAACAGA